CAGUCAGUCGUUAAUCUCAUUCAGUGAAAUUGACAUGAAACAUGGGGGAAUCCGCGUUUUCCGAAGACGGGAAAUAUUAUUCAAAUAUUAGUCAAGACGGCCGACUUAGAAUAUGGGACACAGAAACGAAUGUCCUAAAACAAGAGUACACUCCAGACCUCCACCUGACUUCUCCACCUUCAUGUCUAAAAUGGGUCUUUGUAGGCAUUUCUACCGGGACCCAGCCGAAAACAAAGCGGAAAUCUUCAGACAGCGAGACACAAUGUAUAGCGUUAGGGACGUCCAGUGGGAAAAUUCUAAUAUAUUCAGUGACACAGGCUAAAGUUGACCAUGUUUUGAAGGAGGAGAAAUCGGGAAACUUCAACAGUUUUAUAACAUCAGUAGAUUGGCACAGAAAAUAUGGAUUAUUCAGUUGUAAUAAGUCGAAUUACGUUUAUAAUUGGGACUUAAGUAAUGGAAAGAUUAGGAAUAAGUAUAAUGUUAUUUUUGAUAGUAAGAAUAAGCAAGGAAACAGUAUAAGUGCUAUAAAAAUCGUACCUCAUAAUUUGAAUACACCAGCGAGAUACCUCAUAACGGCAUCAUGGCAAGUCUGCCUGUGGCGGUUGCACAAUAACGAUGCGACCAUCGUGAGGAACCUCGGACACAACGCUACGCAGAACGCAUUACUUUCACUAUGCACACUCAACAAGUCUUGUUGGCUGAUUGUCGGAGCACUAAACGAACGUCUCCUAUCGUUCUGGGACGUAACCAUUGCGGAGGACCAGCCGCAAGUCAACGGUGAUCAAACACCGUCCAAGAAACAGCGGAAACUCUCUUCAUCAUCAUCACCUACGUACAACUUUGUGCUCGAGGACGCACCGAGAUACGUCGAUGUGACAGUGAGGGAAGACGAGAACGGAACGGCUCUGAAUAUUGGUGCGACAACUAGGAGCGGUGUUAUGCAUUAUUAUAAUCACAUGCUUAAUGGGGCGUCAGCGAAGCCAUUAAAACCGUCGGUCACUAUACAAGUGACGUCGCCGGCCGCCCAUCCCUUGCCGCUCCAAUGCUGUAAAGUGCUUAACUCGGACAUCCUAAUCGGAUAUAGCAACGGAACGGUGACAACUUUUGAGAGAAUCACGCCAGAAUUAAAAUCUAAAACGCAAGUUCUCAUACGCGGUGAUAGCGUUAAGAAGAAUAGAAGGAGCAGCACGAUUGAGAACAAGUUGAAACAAGACGACAGCGUGACGUACGUGGAGCCUAUGGGGGGGGUGGUGGGGAGGAAGCGGAGCGCUUCCGGUGGGCAGAUAGAAGUGCCGAUGGAGGCCCGUCUAGAAAACUUAGCGUUGGACCCAAAAAGCAGAAGUAAAGCCGCUGUCAACCAGAACCUUACGAAGCUACUGAUGCAAGGGUUACAUUCAAAGGACAAAGAAUUAACACAAAUGGUAUUACUGAAGAACGAUCCAGCUGUAGCUAAUCGCACCGUAGCUUCGCUGCCGGUGGAUUGCGUGCCUUUGUUAUUGCAACAUCUCCUCAUCAUGGCUAAUAGGAAAACGACGCAAUGUGCGUCAGUAUGUACGUGGAUAAAAGCCGUUGUGAGAUCGCACGCCGCGCUUCUAAUAGCUUCGUCUAGCUCAAACAACGCGGCCCAUAGUCAUUUAGCUCAAUUGCUGGCUGUUUUUACACAUAGACGCUCCCACCUCUGCCAAUUGCUGAAUUUGCGAGGUCGACUGGACCUCACCAUGUCUCAACGGAAGACGGACAAUGAACAUUCACAGGAGGCUGUGCUGGAAUAUAAUGAUGAUUCAACAUCAGAAGACAUGGAAGUUGAAAAAUACCAUUCUGACAGUGAUCAGUCGUGGGAUGAUGAGAGGGACAGGCCGGAUGAUGAAUCAGAUGAUGAGUGAUGAAUAUAUUAUAUGUUAUUUUUA